AACGUUCUCUAACACCUGCUCUACCUUGAUACUAUACCUUUUCAACCUCUGCAGUACCAUCAGUAUCGGACCGUUUGACAAGGCUGAAGCAAAAUGUUGCGUCGAGCCUUUCUCCUUGGAAUGGCACUGAGUCGGACUCAUGCUCAAACCCUUCUCGAAGCUCUAUCGCGAGUCCCAGAGCUCUCCAACUUCACAACCUUCUAUCAAAACAAUGAAGCGUUCGCCGCCUCCUACUUCGGUAAUAAAUCAAUCUAUCCGAUAACGUUUCUCGCUCCGAGCAACGAGGCUUUCACAGCAUAUUAUGCGCAGCACCAAGUCUCACUGUUCGACGUUGGGCCAGAAAUUCUGCUGCAACUUGUGCAAUAUCACACACUUGUCUCAGAUCUAACGCGGGACAACUUCACAAGUGUUGGGACCACAGGAAUCACCGCACCCACACUGCUAAAGGACUCUCCCAACAACAAUCGAAGCUCAGGAGUUAGCCUAGCUUCCAAGUUCGGUGGACCUGAAAGAGCAAGGGGUCAAGUUGUGUUCAUUCAAAGCGCUGGCAAAGCGUCCACUCCAAAUAGCUUCAAGCUCAUGAGUCGGCAGUCUUCAGAAGAGACUACAGGCGUACGAUCCGGACUCGCAUCCACUGUCAAUAUUCAGACCCUAGAUGCAGAGCAAGCAACCUGGGACGGCGGCAGCUUCCAUAUUGUAGACGGCUUACUGACCCUCCCGACCACCUGUGCAAGGACGAUUCGCAGUGCCGGUCUCGCAAGCCUUGACAACGCGUUGAAUCGGACAAAACUGUGGCCUGCUCUUGAUGGCACAAAGAAUGUUACUUGCUUAGGACCAAGCAACGCGGCCUUCCAAACUGCCGGGAACCCUGACCGUUCUCUUAACGAGACAGACCUGACUGGCGCACUACUGUUCCACACUCUGCCGGAAGUGGCUUACAGCGACUUCCUGGUCGACGGACAAGAGUUUAAGAGUCUACAGAACGCUACCGUACGCGUGCGUGUCGAGGACAAUAACGGCACCAGAACCAUCUGGUUCAAUAAUGCUAGGGUCGUCGAUGCAAAUGUCUUGACUCACAAUGGCCUGAUCCACGUGCUCGAUGCUGUCAUGAUCCCAUUGGAGCAAUUAAAUUCCACGGAUCCGAUAUCCUCAGCAACAGCAUCCUCGACAGCGUCUUCGACGGCAACGACCACAGCAAACCCCUCAGCAGCGAGCUCGAACGCCGCUUCUUCAUGGAAGAAUGCAGGAAGCUUUGAUUGGGCACUGGGCACCUUUGUGAUCUCUCUGUUGGCUUUCUUUUGAUCCUAUCACGUUCAGCACCUAUACCCAGACAGUCAUUAUUGUGCCUUUCUUUUAUGACUCGGUCAGAACCUUGCAACUCAUGCUUCUCCAUAUCCGCGCCAAAGCAAAAGUUGACGCCAUACCGUCCUAAUAUCCUCAGUUUCUAAUUUGCACUUCGCAGCCUUGUUUCUGUGAAUCCCAACAGCUCGGUCUGCUCUUCGGUCUGCACUUCGAACAUCUUGCUGCGUACUAUGUUUCCUGUCUCGUCCUCAAGUAAAACCCAAUACUAGUGUCACACUGAUACUUUCCUUGACUUUGAGAAUAGAGCACCAAACAUUUUUCAUCCAUUUAUCGAUUUCCCACUCCAAGACUGCAGUCUAUGUUCAGUGCUCAUUAUGCAGCUCCCUAGAAGACGCUUAUAGACCAACUACAUACCUAACGACUAUGAAGUGACUCACCCAGAGUACUAUUCGAC